AUGGAGUCUGCGGCCCAACAGUGUCUCAACUUACUCUUGCCCAAGCGUCUCGGCUCAGAACAGACUUCGUCCCACGUGCUGCCGGCUGAGGAGCCCCACUCGGACCAAAGGGAUGAGGCCAACCUGCUCUACUACAUCCUGAUAGAAGAGCUGACCCGGCACAAGGGAGCGUCCGUGCCGGGAAACCUAUCGGAGGAGGAGAAGCUGUUUCUCUUCUGUUUCCCCUUGCACAAGUAUAGGAUGGAAAAGACUAUCAAAGAACUGCACGCUAUUGCCGACCAAGUGGACGAGACCCAUAAGAUGCUUGUCAAGACCAACCUGGUGGCCAGCUCCUCGGGCACCGUCGGCAUCCUAAGCGUCUUGGGUUUGGCCCUGAUGCCCGUGACAGUAGGGGGGAGUCUGACGCUCUCAACGGCGGCGCUGGGCCUGGGGGCGGCCACUGCUGUCACCAACAUGUUGACGAGUGUCUUAGAAAAUAGAAGCAACAGGGCAGCCAGAGAGCAAGCCAGCAGACUGGUGCCUCUGCAAACAACGGCGAAGGACAAAGCUUUGGAAGAAGCAAAGUUGUCUGAAAUCAGCGUUGUGUGUGUUGAUAGGUAUGUCAGACUCUUCAAGAAGGUCAAGGAACUUCAUGCCUACCAGAUGGCCAAAGCCAACUCUGGCUUCGUGACGCAGGUCAACACGGCCAUAAGCCGUCUCCCCUUCUGGAGGGUGGGAGGGCUGCAGAGAGCAGCCGAAGCCUCAGUCCUGUCCAUGAGCAAAGGCGUCCGGGUGCUGGGUGCUGCCGGGGCUGGCUUGUCACUUUUGUAUGACGUGCAGAACCUCCUGCAGAGUUGGAAGCAUCUGGAGGAGGGGGCGAGGGCAGAGACGGCCGAGGAGCUGAGGGCCCUCGCCCAGAAACUGGAGCAGGAGCUGAGGCAGCUCACGAAGCGCUACAGGCAGACCGUCAAGGGGCAAGGCUGUCGGAGGAGUGCGUUCCAGAAGCAGGAGCUCCUGGCGCCCAUGUUGGACUGCAAGCGGGGCCGGCGCCAGGCCUGCAUGGCUUUACAGACCUGCCUGGACCUCUGGGCCCACUCCAUCCUGUUUCCCCCUCACCUCUGGCCACAUAGUUGGUAG